CAUCGGUCAAUGUCAAAAAAAAUUUAAUCAAUUUUGUUUUAUUUAACAUUUCCGCCUGGAUGCAUUCAUUUGAUCUUGAUCUUUGAAAGGAAAUAUUACUUGAUUAUUGACCGAUACGAUAUCCAAUUAAGUUUAUAUAAUUUCCAACACAACUCGUCCCUUUUCAGUCGUCAUGUCUGCUCCAGUGAUCUUAUCUGCCACAGCUAAACAUACUGCCACGCUAAUUUUCUUACAUGGAUUGGGCGACACGGGACAAGGAUGGGCUCAGGCAAUGAAUGCCAUAAGAAGCCCUUUUAUGAAAGUCAUUUGUCCCACAGCUAGAACCAUUCCAGUGACAUUGAAUGCAGGAUUUCGGAUGCCAUCAUGGUUUGAUUUAAAAACAUUGGAUGAAUCAGGUCCAGAAGAUGAAGAGGGUAUUAAGUCAGCAGCGACAGAGGUGCAUUCCCUUAUUGAAAAAGAAAUCCAAGGGGGAAUUCCUGCAGAAAGAAUUGUGAUAGGAGGGUUCUCACAAGGUGGGGCUUUGGCCUUAUAUACAGCCUUGACAUAUCCUAAAAAACUGGCAGGUGUUGUUGCUCUUUCUUGUUGGUUGCCUUUAAGGAAAAGUUUUCCUGCAGCUAAGAAGUGUCCAGAUGAUAUCCCAAUAUUCCAGUGCCACGGAGACUGUGACCCGGUAGUACCAUACAAAUGGGGCCAAAUGACCGCAUCGGCUUUAAAACCAUUAUUAAAGAACACUGAUUUUAAAUCUUAUAGAGGUCUGAUGCACAGUUCGAGCGACGAAGAGAUGCGGGACAUCAAAAUGUUCGUUGAGAAAUGUCUACCUAGUCAAUAAUUUAAGCCAUAGAGCAUUUUUAAUUUUUUUGCUUUUAUAUAAAUUAGUUGUCAUUAUAAAUAAUGAUAUCUAAUACCCUGGUUUUUGUAGAGCUUUUUUUGUGGAUAAACAAAGCAAUUAUAACAAAAAUCUGAUUCUUA